UGUUCGUGGACGGAUAAAGUGGGCAGCCGGCGGCGGUGGAGCUCAGUCUGGAACCAGCGGGAGCAGUGCACUCUGGGAAAUCUGUCAGGACGACAUGCAGUCCAUCAUCGCUAAGAAUGGAUGUGAGACUCCGGAGCCGGUGAAAGCUCAAGUUAAAGGUUCCAUCCCGUCCUGGCUGCAGGGCACUCUGCUGAGGAACGGACCCGGCCUCUUCUCGGUGGGCGACUCCCAGUACAACCACUGGUUCGACGGUCUGUCGCUCAUCCACAGCUUCACCUUCGGGAACGGUGAGGUGACGUACAGAAGUAAGUUUCUGAAGAGCGACACCUACAAGAAGAACGUCAAGGCCGACAGGAUCGUUGUCUCUGAGUUUGGAACCAUGAUCUACCCUGAUCCCUGCAAGAAUAUCUUCUCAAGGGCAUUCACCCACCUCUCCAACGUCAUCCCCGACUUCACCGACAACAACCUGAUCAACAUCAUCCGUUAUGGUCAGGACUACUACGCCUCCUCCGAGGUCAACUACAUCAACCAGAUCAACCCUGACACCCUGGAAACUGUCAGCAAGAUGAACUACAGGAACCACAUCGCGCUGAACUUAGCGACAGCUCACCCCCACUACGACGAUGAGGGCAACACCUACAACAUGGGCACCGCGAUCAUGGGCUUUGGCCGGCCCAAAUACGUCAUCUUCAAGGUCCCGGCAGAUGCUUCAGAUAAAGAGCACAAGAAGCCAGCGCUGAGAAAAGUGCAGCAGGUCUGUUCCAUUCCUUUCCGCUCCACACUGUUCCCGAGCUACUUCCACAGCUUCGGCAUGACGGAGAACUACAUCGUGUUCGUGGAACAGGCAUUCAAACUGGACAUCAUCAAACUGGCCACGGCCUAUUUCAGGGGCGUCAACUGGGGGGGCUGCCUUAAGUUCGACAAGGACGACAUCAACUUGUUCCACGUCAUCAACAGAAAGACGGGAAAGGUGAUCUCCACCCGUUUCUACAGCGACGCCAUGGUGGUUUUCCACCACAUCAACGCCUACGAAGACGACGGCCACGUGGUGUUCGACCUGAUCGGCUACAAGGACGGCAAGCUGUACGACAUGUUCUACCUCCACAACAUAAAGCAGGAGACCGACAACUUCAUCGAGACCCACAAGAGCUUUUCACAGCCGAUCUGCCAGAGAUUCGUCCUGCCACUCAACGUCCACAAGGAGUCUCCAAGAGGAUCCAACCUGGUGACCCUAAAGGACACUUCGGCCCAGGCAGUAAUGCAGGAGAAUGGAUCGGUCUACUGCCAGCCAGACACUCUGUUUGAAGGUCUGGAGCUGCCGGGAAUCAACUACGACUUCAACGCAAAGAAGUACAGAUACUUCUACGGCUCCAGGCUGGAGUGGUCUCCACAUCCCAACAAGAUCGCCAAGUUCGACAUCGUCACCAGGACGCACAUCGAGUGGAAGAAGGACAACUGCUUCCCUUCGGAGCCGGUCUUCGUCGCAUCUCCAGGCGCUGUGGAGGAAGACGAUGGAGUCAUCCUGUCGUCCGUCAUUUCUCCAGAUCCCAACAUUUCUCCAUUCAUGCUCGUCCUCAACGCCAAAACCUUCGAGGAAAUCGCCCUAGCCUACAUCCCCACCAGCGUCCACAUGGACCUUCACGGACUCUUCAUCCCGGCUGCUGUUUGAUUCGUGAUGGAGUCCAUUUUGUUCAUGUUUUUAAAGGAUGACAUGAACCCGAACUGUUUAUAUUCAGUUUAAAAGCACUUUUAAGGACAGACUGCACAGAUAGAUUUUUGCUGAUUUCUAGAAAGACAGGAAGUCAUGCUGUAGGUGAACCCAUAGACAGGCGGAUUAAUCCUGAAAAACCUCCUGGGCCUCAUGAGAACGUGACUUUUAUGAUGUCCUGGGGCCCAGAAAUCGGUUGUUAAAUGGUGUUUUAGACUGAAAUGUUCCUGAAUCUACCCAUCACUACUAAAGGACUGGAAAAGUUGUAAAUAUUUGCAGGAGCAGCGAUACUCACCGUACGUCUAAAACUAAAAAACAACACUGUAUCGUAGCAUUUUCUAUGUUCAGAUGGUUCUAGAACUAAAAUCAAUCCUACGUGUUUCAGUUAAAAACUAAAAUGUGAAGUAAAAUUGGAGUUUUCCGCUGAACACAGAGCGGAAACUAAUAAAAACUGUAAGUAGUUAAAUAUCUGCAGUAUGUGGAGCUCCAUUAUCUCCAUGGUUGGUAACAUCUGGAAACAUGUUGGACAUGUUGAUGUCAUUUUUAUCAAUCAAUAACCAAAAAAUA